AUGUCUCAUUUAAUUUCCAACAGAGCAAAAUCUCGUUCGAGAACGCAUUUUGCCUUGGUCAACUUGAAAGAUGCUCCAGAAGGCUUUGUUCCUCAUGAAAACCCGCUUGUUUUGGACGGAGGAAUGCCAAAUGCUGGUUUCUUUCCACUUGAGUCGAUUCAGCUCAAUGUGGUGGACUACCCAUUCCAGAAGUCCUUACAAUUGCCAGUGGGAAACACCUCAUUGGAAAACUUGUCUAUUUCCAACGGAUCAAAUGGAACUUUGGUGGAUGAGUGGCUGAAGGUCGCUGGCGACAAUCCGUCAAAGAACCGCGUGAUAAUUCCAAAGAAACUGGACAAUCCCAAUGUCAUUGACUUAUCUCGUGGCUUGCAAUAUUCAGAAGUCGAAGGUAUUCCACAGUUGCUCAAGUUCACCAGAGACCUUAUCAAGAGAGCUCACGCGCCACAAUACGAUGAAUGGACCACCGUUCUUUCUGGAGGUGCAGGUGACGGUUUGAACAAGGCAGCAGACGCGUUCUUGGACGAAGGUGACGUGAUCUUGAUUGAAGAGUUCACAUUCACUCCAUUCUUGCAGAAUGUCAACAAUAGCGGAGCCAUUCCAGUUCCAAUCAAGUUAGACCUUGACCCUACCCCAGGCAAGAGUAAGGGUAUUGAUUUGGAGUACUUGACCGACUUGUUGGAGAAUUGGGAUGAACGCAAGCCAGAAUUGAAGGGAAAGAAGCCAAAAGCUUUAUACACUAUUGCGUCGGGCCAAAACCCUACAGGAUUCACCCAGGAUUUGGAGUUCAGAAAAAAGGUUUAUGCCUUGGCAGAGAAGCAUGACUUUGCUAUUAUUGAAGAUGAUCCAUAUGGUUACUUGACCCUUCCUCCAUAUGUCAAGCCUGAGGGACUCCAUAAGUUGAACGACUUCUUGACCAUCGAAGAUUAUCUCAAAGAUCAUUUAGUUCCCUCUUACCUUACAGUCGAUACUUCUGGAAGAGUUCUUCGUAUCGAGACGUUCUCCAAGCUCUUUGCUCCAGGUUUGAGAUUAGGAUUCUUGGUGGGUCACAAGGAUGUCAUUGGUGCCGUUGCCAACUACGCCAAUGUGGUGACCAGAUCAUCGUCUGGAACUUCGCAAUUGAUUGUGAAUAAUGUCAUCGAGCAGAGUUUCGGAGGCGUGGAUGGUUGGUUGAACUGGGUAUUAAAGAUGAGACUUACCUACACCAACCGGAGAAACGUGUUGCUCCAUGGGUUGUAUACCCUGAAGGCAUACGAAGCUGGAUACAUUGACCUUAUUGAUCCUCGCGCAGGAAUGUUCGUUAGUGUGAUUGUGAACUUCCCAGGCACCGAUGUCUUGAAGAAGAUUGACUUGUUGCAGUGGAAGUUCCGUGCUUAUGGAGUGCGUGUUGUUUCUGGUAUUAAGAUGGCCAUUGAUAAGGACUUCAGUCUUGAAAGAGGAAACUUUUAUAGAUUGACAUUUGCACCUGCCAGCAACGACGAAGAAUUGGCUGAGGGAGCCAAGCGUUUUGCUGAUGCUGUCUACGAUUUCUUCCAGAAGGGAUUGGAGUAUUGA